AUGGAGGCACUCAAAUCUCAAUCUGUGACUCAAUCUAAAGCGGCCCUGGAAUUUGUGCUUGGCAUGAAGGGUGGAAAUGGAGAUUCCAGUUAUGCCAACAAUUCUUCACCUCAGUUAAAGAUUAUCCAAGCUGUUAAACCCAUUCUGGAGCAUGGCAUUUACGAGAAUAUGAGAUUUAAGUUUGAUGUAGGAGGCAUCUUUAGGAUGGCAGAUUUCGGUUGUGGUACCGGCCAAAAUACUCUUGUGGUGGCAGACACCAUUGUCAGUGCCGUACAACGCUUACUUACAGAACAGGAGAUGCCAGAAUUUGAGGUUUAUUUCACCGACCUUCCCACUAAUGAUUUCAAUUCACUCUUUCAAAUGUUGCCUCCGCCCAGAGAUAAAAAUGGAGUGGCUACAAGAUCCUACCUUUCAGCGGCUGUUUGUGGAUCGCACUUCACACGUCUCUUCGCACGGAAUAGUCUGCAUUUCUGUCACUCUUCUAUGAGUCUUCACUGGCUUUCACAGGUGCCAGAGAGUGUUCAGCAGAGAAGAUCUCCUCGUGCUUACGUUUCAAGUGAGUGUGAGGAGGGUGUAGCGGCUGCGUACCUACACCAGUUCGACACAAACUUUUCGUCGUUUUUGAAGGCCCGGGCAGAAGAGAUAGUUGAGGGGGGAUGCAUGUUCAUAUCUCUCAUCGGUCGUAAUGCAGACACUCAUAUAAUGGAAGACCAAGGAGUACUAGGAUAUAGCGCGCGCCAUUUAGAGUAUGCAUUUGAGGCACUAGUUAUGGAGGGUAUUAUUACAAAAGAGAAAUGGGAAUCCUUCAAUUUACCAUGGUUCAAUCCAAAUUUGAAGGAGGUGGAGAGCAUUGUGAAGAGGGAGGGGUCAUUUGCAAUAGUGAGCAUGAAGAUUGUAGGGGGAAUGAAUGCACAUCCUACUACAGACGUGAAAAAAGGGGAAGAGAAUAUGUUUGGAAGAAUUGUAGCAAACCAGCAUAGAGCACUAUUUGAAAAUAUCGUGGAAGCUCAUUUAGGAUGCAAGAAAGUGACAAAUGAAUUCUUCUUGAAGAUUGCUGAAAGAGCUUCUAUUCAGUUUGAAGAGUAUCUAUCAAAAAAAAUUGAGCUGCUUGUUGCGUUUUUGAAAAAGAAAAAGGACAAGCAAUAA